AUGAUUAAGAAGCGGAAGGUCCGAAUGGAUGGGAAGGGGAAGAGGAGAGUACCAUUUGCCAAAGACGAGGAACUGAAUGUGGCCCCUCCCGUUGGAAGUGGAAAAGAAAAAAAAAAUCAUGACAGCGAAGAUGAGGACGAUGAGGAAGAAAGCAAAUUAAAUAAAUUAAAAGCGUCCCAAAAUUUAAAAUUACUGCAAUAUGUGAGGUUAAAAAAGAAGGGAAUAAAUGCAGACAACUUAAGUAGUGAUAACGUAGCCACACAGGACGAAGAAAAUGAGAAUAAACUACACGAAAAACAUUUCACCAAAAAUAUCACGGAGAAGGAAAUUGAGGAGGCACACAUAGAAGAUUUUAUUCGAAAAAAUAUGGAUCAGUUAUAUCAGGAUGAUAAGCGGAAGAAUUGCAAAAAAAGCGGCAACGACGCUGCCAGCGUUGGUACCAAUGAUGAUGACGGUCAUGGCGUUGGUGAUGACCCCGUGAAGGACCUGUACAAACUGUCGGACCACCUAAAGGUUAAGAGCUCUGUUGCCAGUAACACGGAGAAGCUAAACUGCAUCACAGGCAUAACGGAGGUCCCCUUGCCCGUCGAGGUGAAACUCAAAAAUAUUGAAGAGACGGAAAAGAUCAAGCGGAAGCUUCUGAAGAAGGCCAAACUUGUAAAUUGA